UGCACACGACGGUCGCAGUAAGUCUGGCACCACGACGACAAAGUAUUCCCUGGAAGUGUAGGAGUGGUUAGGGUUAAUGUUUCUGAGGAGUGGUUAGGGUUAAUAUUUAUGAAAAGUGGUUAGAGUUAACGUUUCUGAUAAUAGGUUAGGAUUAAUGUUUCGUGAUUUUAGUUAAACGAGUGAAUUAUUUUCUUUUUCAAAGUGAAGUUUACGAAGUGAUAUUUUCUAUUUAGUGGUGAUUGUAUAGUAACAAAAGAAAAAAAUAAUUGAAAUAAUUUUGUGAAGGACUUUCGUUUUUGUUUCGAGAGUUGGAGAUUAUGUAAAAAUAUAUACCAGGGACAUUUUGGAUUAGAGAUUACGAUCAAGGAGCACCAUAAUGGGAUGUGAGGAGACUUACACCAUGUAGCCACCAGUAGCCCUGGAUUACAUCCAAGUUUUAGUGGCUACCUCUUGCUGUGGAUAAAAACAAACUUCGCUUCAUAAUAAGAUCAGCUGUAAAUAAGUGGGCAAAUAUUUGCCAGAAAAAAAAAACAAUUAAAAAUGUCAAGUGACAUAUUAGGGUCAACGAAUAUGACACCCGAAAGAAAAUGUGUUCGGUUUAAAUACCAAAACAACGAGGAUCACCCAAACACGCCAAAGAGGAAAAAGGGAGGCAAACUAGCAAGCCACCAUACGAGCUUUCACUAUUUGUUACCGUUACUGUUAUUACUAACGUAUUUACCAUUGUCUUCAUGUUUGUCAGAUCCGGUCAUCUCCUCCCCGUAUGCGGUGCUAGAGGGGGGUAAGAACGCCACCCUCACGUGUACCCUGUCGUCUGCUCAACUCUCCACGACCAGCUACCCGCUCAUCUGGAGGCGAGACAACGGCCUUCCUGUCGGUUCAAGUGCCCAGAACUACCCGUGGGACUCGAACACAAAUACAUACAGGACUGAGCUAACUUUCGCUCCUACGGCACUAGACAACGAAGUUUCAAUCAUAUGCUUAGUCUUUGAUGGCACAGAUACAAAAACUGCAAGCUAUCAAGUUUCCGUCAUUUUGGUGCCCCAAACGCCAAACAUCACAGGGAACUUGACCGCCAGAGCCGACGUUGUAGACAUCUGGACAUGUGUGGUAGAUGGUGCUAGUUACAUCCCACCCAACGUCUACUGGAGAGAUGGCGACGGCCUCUCGCUGACCAAGGGCGUGAAUAAGAACACAGACAUCGUCGUGGUGAGCAACAACAAUUACGUGUACAAGGUCACUAGUACCUACACGGCGGCACUUCCGGCCCAGAGCACCUUCACCCUCACCUGCUACGUCGUCCACCAGAUGGACAACUACUACAACAUCAUGAAGCAGUCGUCCAUCAACAUCAACGUCGUGUAUCCUCCGACAACUACAGCAGGCAGCCUGGCGAUGACUGUGAACGAAAACACCAGGGCGACUAUCGUCUGCACCAUAAAUUCCAACCCACCAGCAACAACUGUAACAUGGACAAAAGAUGGAGUAACAGUUAGUGGUGAACGCUAUGAAAGUUUUAACGCCACCUCACCUAAUCUUAUUAUCAAGAAUGUAUCUGUAAGCGAUGCAGGAAGAUAUAAUUGUACAGCCUCGAAUUCACUUGGUAGUGGGAGCUUUACAGCGCCCACAAUGCUUACUGUUAACUAUGCCCCUGUCAUACGGUACAACAUAACAUCAUUCACUGGCAACGUUGGCUCAAGCAUAGUUUUACCUUGUCCUGUGAACGCCCUUCCAGAAAUUACAACCAUCCGAUGGAAGCGCUAUGAUGCUGGACAGGUCACAACUUUAUCAUUGACCAGUAGUAAAUAUUCUGGUGCUGAUGUCACUAAUAAGGAUUAUGGAUUAAAAAUACAGACCCUGCAAGAAGGUGAUGCUGGAAUUUAUUUCUGUGAGGCAGGCAAUACACUUGGGACAGGAACUGGGUCUAACCUUACCCUUACAGUCACUUCUCCAGUAAUUGUUAAUGUGUCGUCACAUUAUUACGAGCGCAAUGAAGGACAGAAAGUAGUCAUGGGCUGUUCGUUUACCCCGGCUUGGGAAGUCGUUUCAGUUUUCUGGACCAAGAAUGGAGGAGAGACUGCUGUUCCAGGAAAUUAUAACGAGACAUAUCCAGAUCUGGUGAUAGAGUCUGUAGCACCAUCUGACUCCGCAUAUUAUCAAUGUGUUGCUGUCAAUCAAACCGGCCAGAAAAUAAUUAGUGAUUCUGUUACUUUACUCGUUAAUUAUUUGCCUAAGAUUCAGCCAGUGCAACAAACAGCUUUUCAGAGAAACUUGUCUCAGUCAGUGACCCUUCGGUGUUUCGUAAACUCCUACCCUGCAGCAGUAAUAACCUGGCUAAGAGACAACCAAACUUUCGACAUGAGCAACAGCAGCAAAUACCUGCUCACAGACAGCCAGCAAACUCUGACCAUAAACAACUUGGUUCCCGCUGAUGAAGGGAAUUAUUUUUGCCGUGCGGCAAACAGAUUAGGAACUGCGGAAGGCCAGAUUCAGGAAGUUCAUGUCUUGUCUAGCCCAGUGGUCGCUGUACCAUACACGAACAUUGUUGCCAGUGAAAAUCAGCCAUUCACACUGACAUGUAUUGUCACAUCUCUGGACAAUUUAACUGAUUUUUACUGGACUAAAAAUGGUCAGAGACUGAACACUAGCGAUGCGGGACACUACGUAGGCGGAACAUCAGCGGUUACAAAUUUGAACAUUCUCUCGGCACAAGAAUCAGAUGGUGGUGUUUACUCCUGUGUUGCCACCAAUUCUUUUUACACCACUAAAAGUGAUAACGUAACUGUUACGUAUACAAGUAUUCCCAGGGUAAACACCCCUAGCCAAAUCUCAAGUAAUGAGAGCUUGAUCGUUGUACUGACUUGUAAUGUUAGCUCAAGUUCACCAGUCACUAUUUUGUACUGGACCAAAGGUGGACAACCCAUUAACACAAGCUCUGAUCCAAUCAAGUAUCAAGGGGGAACAAUCAACCAGGCAACUCUUGUUCUGUACAAUGUGUCUAAAGCCGACAGUGGACUCUAUGUCUGUGUCAUUGGUGAUGCUACAGGAACGACUAACAGUAGUGCAUACAUUGUUACCAUUACAUCUGCACCUGAAGUAAAAGUAAACCUUACAAAUAUAACAAUCUCUGAAGGAAGCCAGCAGUUUAAAAUUUCAUGUGAAGUUAAUGCAAAUCCUGCUGUAAGCUCAGUCAUCUGGCUGAAAGAUGGACAGCCUUUAAACAUCCCAUCUCCCAAGUAUGCUGGUGGUACAACAGCCACUCCUAGUCUGACCAUAAACAACGUCAGCCGCUCUGACUCUGGUGCUUAUGUGUGCAGGGCUACCAACAGCUUUGGUUCAAGUUCCAGUGGUGCUGUCAAUAUUCUUGUUACAUAUGCUCCCUCUGUUAUUGUCAGCUCCAAUGAAAUAUCAGCACAAGCAGGAACCAAUGCUACCCUUACCUGUGCUGUAUCAGCUUUACCAAGUGUCACAAACUUCUACUGGACCAGGAAUGGUACACAGCUUCAAACUCCAAGUCCAAAGUAUCAAGGUGGCACAAUAACUCAGACAAACCUAACCAUCUUUAGCCUCGAUCCAAAGUCUGAUCCUGGUGUGUAUGCCUGCGUAGCUACCAAUUCAGAGGGAACAACCACAAGCUCAAAUAUAUCAUUAACUGUAACAACUGUUCCAGUCAUCAAAUCAAAUGACACAAUUGUUAACGGCACAGAGAACCAAUCAGUUGUUGUACACUGCCCUGUCACAAACAUAGAAUCACUGACAGACCUGUACUGGACAAAAGAUGGACAGAGGUUGAACACGACCAACUCAACCAAAUACGCGGGUGGCACCCUGUCCACACCAAGCUUGACCAUAAAGUCUUUGUCUAUCUCAGACAGUGGCACCUACAUGUGUGUGGCUGCCAAUGCUUUUGGUACAGUGCCAGGGAGUAAUGUCACAGUGGAUCUAACUUAUCGCCCAAAAGUGGCAGUAACCAACUCAACAGUGACUGUGGUUGCUGGCCAAACCAUUACCUUAAACUGUAGUGUUGAUGCAGUUCCAGCCAUCAGCAGUUUGUCUUGGACAAAAUCUGGUCAGACCAUUAAUGUCAACAAUCCCAGCAAAUAUUCAGGGGGAACAACCAGUGAUCCCAGCUUGAGAAUCUUGAGUUCAUCAGGUUCUGAUGCUGGCUCUGAUUAUAUUUGUAUAGCUGGCAACACUGUGGGCAAUACAAGUAGUAAUCCUGUCACAGUUGUUGUUAUAACAUCCCCAGUAAUAUCUACAACAAGCACCAAUGUUACAUCAUCUGAAAAUCAACAAGUGACUUUAAGCUGUGAAGUCAUACCCUUAGAUUCAUUGACUGACCUGUAUUGGACUAAGGAUGGACAAAGGCUAGACACAUCUAAUACAGGCAAAUAUUCAGGUGGUAACAAAAUAACCCCAAGCUUGACCGUAAAUUCACUGACCCUAGCGGAUGCUGGGAAAUAUGUCUGUGCUGCCAAUAACUCUUAUGGCACUGCACAGAGUGGAAAUAUUUUACUCAGUUUACAAUAUCCUCCUCAUGUAAGUGUUGGGAACUCUUCUAUUCAAGCCCGCCCAGGGGAGACAAUCAUGUUAACAUGCUCAGUUGAUGCCAGCCCAAACAUUACAGAGUUCUACUGGAAGUUUGAGCAAACAAUUAUCAGCUCUACAGCCAACCCAACAAAGUAUUCAGGGGGAACAAUCACUGAUAGAUCUUUGAAAAUUUUUACUGCUGCACCUUCAGAUGUUGGCAACUAUUACUGUGUAGCUAGCAAUUCUCUGGGUACCACCACAAGUUUACCAGUCAAUUUGACUUUGAAUUCUGCACCAGUCAUAUCAACCCCAAUUACAAAAGUUUCUGCAAAUGAAACUGAAAAUGUGACCUUAAAGUGUGAAGCUACACCACUGGACUCUAUCACUAGCUUCUAUUGGGUGAAAGAUGGGCAACAACUAAACAUUUCUAAUGCUACAAAAUAUACUGGAGGAACUAAUAGUUCUACAAAUUUGGUCAUAUUUUUUGUUAUUCCUGGAGAUGAGGGAUUUUAUUCAUGUGUAGCAACUAAUUCUUAUGGGACUUCCAAGAGUGAAAAUAUUACUCUCACUGUACUGUCGGUCCCACUCAUUGUCACUCCAAACACAAACAUCACUGUCAAUGAAAACCAGCAAGUGACCCUUAGUUGUCAGGUCACUCCACUGAACACACUAACUGAACUUUACUGGUUGAAAGAUGGUCAGCGGCUGGUUACCAGUAAUACUGUUAAAUACUCUGGUGGCACAACAGCAACACCCAGCUUGACCAUCUUGUCACUGACCCCAAUAGACAAAGGAUCUUAUUCUUGUGUGGCCAGAAAUUCUUAUGGGAAUUCUAGCAGUGACAUCAUCAAUGUUGUCGUACAAUAUGUACCUCGUGUGGCAGUAACCAACUCAACAGUGACUGUGGUUGCUGGCCAAACCAUUACCUUAAACUGUAGUGUUGAUGCAGUUCCAGCCAUCAGCAGUUUGUCUUGGACAAAAUCUGGUCAGACCAUUAAUGUCAACAAUCCUAGCAAAUAUUCAGGGGGAACAACCAGUGAUCCCAGCUUGAGAAUCUUGAGUUCAUCAGGUUCUGAUGCUGGCUCUGAUUAUAUUUGUAUAGCUGGCAACACUGUGGGCAAUACAAGUAGUUAUCCUGUCACAGUUGUUGUUAUAACUGUCCCAGUGAUAGUCACUCCAAACACAAACAUCACUGUCAUUGAAAACCAGCAAGUGACCCUUAGUUGUCAGGUCACUCCACUGAACACACUAACUGAACUUUACUGGUUGAAAGAUGGUCAGCGGCUGGUUACCAGUAAUACUGUUAAAUACUCUGGUGGCACAACAGCAACACCCAGCUUGACCAUCUUGUCACUGACCCCAAUAGACAAAGGAUCUUAUUCUUGUGUGGCCAGAAAUUCUUAUGGGAAUUCUAGCAGUGAUGUCAUCAAUGUUGUCGUACAAUAUGUACCUCGUGUGACAGUAACCAACUCAACAGUGACUGUGAUUGCUGGCCAAACCAUUACCUUAAACUGUAGUGUUGAUGCAGUUCCAGCCAUCAGCAGUUUGUCUUGGACAAAAUCUGGUCAGACCAUUAAUGUCAACAAUCCUAGCAAAUAUUCAGGGGGAACAACCAGUGAUCCCAGCUUGAGAAUCUUGAGUUCAUCAGGUUCUGAUGCUGGCUCUGAUUAUAUUUGUAUAGCUGGCAACACUGUGGGCAAUACAAGUAGUAAUCCUGUCACAGUUGUUGUUAUAACUGUCCCAGUGAUAGUCACUCCAAACACAAACAUCACUGUCAUUGAAAACCAGCAAGUGACCCUUAGUUGUCAGGUCACUCCACUGAACACACUAACUGAACUUUACUGGUUGAAAGAUGGUCAGCGGCUGGUUACCAGUAAUACUAUUAAAUACUCUGGUGGCACAACAGCAACACCCAGCUUGACCAUCUUGUCACUGACCCCAAUAGACAAAGGAUCUUAUUCUUGUGUGGCCAGAAAUUCUUAUGGGAAUUCUAGCAGUGAUGUCAUCAAUGUUGUUGUACAAUAUGUACCUCGUGUGGCAGUAACCAACUCAACAGUGACUGUGGUUGCUGGCCAAACCAUUACCUUAAACUGUAGUGUUGAUGCAGUUCCAGCCAUCAGCAGUUUGUCUUGGACAAAAUCUGGUCAGACCAUUAAUGUCAACAAUCCUAGCAAAUAUUCAGGGGGAACAACCAGUGAUCCCAGCUUGAGAAUCUUGAGUUCAUCAGGUUCUGAUGCUGGCUCUGAUUAUAUUUGUAUAGCUGGCAACACUGUGGGUACUACAAGUAGUAAUCCUGUCACAGUUGUUGUUAUAACUGUCCCAGUGAUAGUCACUCCAAACACAAACAUCACUGUCAUUGAAAACCAGCAAGUGACCCUUAGUUGUCAGGUCACUCCACUGAACACACUAACUGAACUUUACUGGUUGAAAGAUGGUCACCGGCUGGUUACCAAUAAUACUGUUAAAUACUCUGGUGGCACAACAGCAACACCCAGCUUGACCAUCUUGUCACUGACCCCAAUAGACAAAGGAUCUUAUUCUUGUGUGGCCAGAAAUUCUUAUGGGAAUUCUAGCAGUGAUAUCAUCAAUGUUGUCGUACAAUAUGCCCCUAAGCUUUCUGCAACCACCAGUCCUGUAACCACAGUCUCUGGAAGUACAAUAAUUCUUACAUGUAAUGUAGAUGCCAACCCUCAAUUGACUGAUUUCUAUUGGAGGAAAUCUAACAGUAACAUCUCUUCCACUUCUAAUCCUGAAAAGUAUUCAGGGGGGACAAUUUUCAAUACAAAUUUAACUAUUAUUAACACUUCAAAAACAGACACUGGAAAUUAUACAUGUGUAGCUGUUAACAACAUUGGAGCUUCCUCCAGUCAAUCAGUAUCAGUUGUUGUGAACUAUAUUCCAGUGGUGUUGAUGAAUCAGACAACUAUUUCAGUAAGAGAAGGAACUGCUCAAUACACAAUUACAGCCCUAGUAGACAGUAGCCCAGCCCCAGUCCUCCUGACCUGGAAGAAGGAUGGCCAGGUGAUCAAUGUCACUAACCAGCUGUCCAAGUACAGUGGUGCUACACCAACAAAUCCAGAGUUGACCAUCAAAAAUAUUUCUCGAUCUGAUGUUGGGCUCUACACUUUAACAGUGGAAAACAGUAUAGGAUCUAAUUCAAAUCAAGUUCCAGUUUCUUUUCUUGUUACAUACCCACCUACAAUUUAUGUCAACACCAGCAACAUCACAGCCAAAGCAGGCACCAACAUCACCCUGAUCAGCAUUGUGACAGCUUUCCCAGCACUCUCCAGCUUCUACUGGACCAAAGACGGACUGCCCUUAAACACCACAGGCACCUCCAGCAAAUAUUCUGGCGGCACAGUAGCCACGCCAAAUCUCACCAUUUUAAUCUUAGAUGCCAGUUCUGAUCCAGGGCUGUAUGCGUGUGUGGCUGAGAAUGAUGUUGGAAGAGUUACAAGCUCAGCUCUAAUGCUAACAGUUUUCUCUUUUCCAGUAAUAAAACCACCCACCACCACUAACCUGACUGGCGUUGAAAGCCAACAGACAACUCUGGAAUGCAACGUCACACCUCUAGAUUCACUCACAGACCUCUACUGGACUCGGAACAGUCAGCGGCUAAACACAUCCAACUCUACCAAGUACCAGGGCGGCACCACUACCAGACCUAACCUGACUAUCCUGUACCUGACAGACACUGACACUGGCAUCUACGCUUGUGUGGCCAACAACAGCUUUGGGCCUAGUCAGGGCCCUAAUUCAUCUUUAAACAUCUUCUACAAGCCCAAGUUGACAGUUGUCACUGAUCCAAUCUCAUUAAAAGAUGUGGGAUUUGUGAGCUUGACUUGUAGCAUCAGUGCUAACCCAGCUAUAACAAGCUUCAACUGGACCAAAAUAGGCGUGGGGGCCAUCAACUCCUCCGCCAAUACUAGCAAGUACUCAGGGGGAACGACCUUUAACCCUACACUGACCAUUUAUUUGUUGUCAGCUCAAGACUCAGGAAACUACACUUGUGGCGCAGCCAAUAGUAUUGGUUCUACAGUCAGCUCAGUUGUUGUGCUUAAUGUUAUCAGUAGUCCGCAAGUAACUGUAUCCCCUACAUCGGACACGAAGCCAGAAGGAACACCUGAAUUUGUCCUCUCCUGCACGGUGCUAGCCAUUCCAGCUAUAAAAAACCUGACCUGGCAGAAAGAUGGCGCAGUCAUGAACCUGACUGGGCAGUCAUCCAAGUACUCUGGAGGUGUAAUCAGCCAACCUAACCUGACCAUUAAAAAUUUAACCCGCUAUGACGCAGGGGUGUAUGUUUGCCAAGCAACAAAUGACAACGGUUCUGGACAAAGUGCGGGCGCUCAACUCAAUGUCACUUUUCAGCCAACCAUCUCUGGUGGCCCUGGCUCUGUCCAAGCAGCUGAUGACAAAAAUGUCACGCUGACCUGCAGCGUCGCAUCCUACCCUCCCCUCACUAGCUUGUACUGGACCAAAGACGAGGUGCCCAUCAAUACGACACAGAAUCCAAAUAAAUAUUUUGGAGGGACUGUCUCGGUCCCUGACCUGACCAUCAUCAAACUUAACAAGACUACAGACGUGGGCAGCUACAAAUGUGUGGCUAGAAAUUCUGUGGGAAACACCACCAGUCCAGCUGUUAACCUUACCAUCACAUAUGAUCCUUACAUAUCUGUUAACCAAACAAGCAUCACAGCAGAAGAAGGAAAACCAUUCACAAUAUUUAUAAACGAAGUGAAGAUUUAUCCAUCAACAGCUGGUGUCACAUGGUUCAAGGAUGGUCAACAAAUUAAUCUAGAUGCAAAUAGAAACAAAUAUACAGGAGGUAUACUGAACAGUUCAUCCUUAACUGUUCUAAAUGCUUCAAAGAGUGAUUCUGGCACAUACAAACUACAGGCCACCAAUGGAUCUAAAACAGUGGACAGUCCAACAAUCACAGUCUCAGUCAUUUAUCCCCCUAAGGUGUCUGGUAACUCCUCCACCGAGACAACAUCUGGAGCAACAAUCUCUCUCGUGUGUACUGUGGAUGCUAACCCCUCCAUUACCUCGCUCAGCUGGACAAAAACAGUCAAUGGAGUAUCUGCCGCUGUGGUUUAUGAUGCUCGACUAAGUGGUGGGAAUGUAACAAAUCCUGACUUAAAGAUUGCUGGCGUGGCACCAUCUGAUGCUGGUAGCUACAGGUGUGUGGCUGGUAACACACUGGGCAACACCACAGGCCCGACUUCAAUCAUUACAGUUAAAUAUAAGCCAACUGUGGAAGUUAGAACAUCUCCAACUAGCGUUGUUGUUGGACAAAGAAUGGACCUAUUGUGUACAGUUACUGCCUACCCUGCUGCCAGUAGAGUCUCAUGGAGCAAAAUAGAAACAGUAGAAACAGAAGUCAGUACCACAUCAACCUAUGUUAUAAGGAAUGCCACUUACACAGACUAUAUGGAGUAUAGGUGCAGUGCUACUAAUACAGAAGGGACAUCGUCAGCCACCAUCAAACCUAAUAUUACAUUUAACCCACAGCAAUCUGGGACAGGGGAGGAGACGGUACAGACAAAUGUGCCUGCUGAUUUGACUUUAGAAUGUACUGUUGUUGCGAACCCUGAGCCAACGUCUUAUUCUUGGUUUAAUGGAACUAACCUGAUGCCACAGUACACACAGAAGACAAUAACAUUGCGGAUUACUUCAGCUUCUGAUUAUGGUGUAUACUCAUGCAGUGCAAACAAUUCACUAGGAGGUUUGAACCCUGCUCGCACCUUUACUGUGACCAAUAAAGGAAGUAAGUUGAAAAAAAUUAUCCUCUGUCUCAUACUUAGUAAACACAACAGUAGUUUUGUGUUAACAUUUACGUUACAUUAUUGUACAUAUUCAUUGUUUUUUCCCUUAUACUUUUCAUUUUCCUCCACUAUAGGAAGCAGCACUGGAAGUUCCGGACUGAGUACUGCUACCAUUAUUCUUAUUGUGAUUAUUAUCGUAAUUCUCCUAAUCAUAAUAAUCCUGCUGCUUAUAUUCUGCUGUUUACAAGGGGUUUUUGCUAAAUGUUGUAAGAAGAAAGAAAGUGGAAAAGUUGCUCCAGUCAAUGGAUCUGCUCCUCCAAUGAAAGCAGCGCUCUCCAAUCCUAUAUUUGCUUCUGAUCCAAAAAUAAGUAUAAAUGAUGACGUACCUGUUACACCAAGAAGAUUGCCUCCUAUGCCUCCUGUGAAACCUAAUGUCAUCAUCUCUGUGCCAGCUCCAGACGGAGCUAAGCCACAUCACCUGCCCCCAUUUGACCCAGUUGGAGAAAAAGCAACUGAGAAGUUCUACAGAGAUCAAAGGAGAAGAUCAAGAAAGAAAAAGAAGGAAAGAAAACAGGAGAACAAUGAAGAUGAGAAAGCAUUGACAGGAAACGGGACAGAUGGCUCUACACCUUCUUUAGAGAAAAUUGGGGUAUCAACAGCUUAGUUAUAGACACUGCUGUUAACUGUUUCUGAACAACAUAACUCAGAAGUGAAAGUAUUAAUAGGACAAGCACAGUGGUAUAAAGUAUAAAGCCUGUGAUGUUAUUACAGUAAAUGGUCAGUCAUUGUUUGAGAAAGUAAAAACAUUCCGUUAUUGUAUUCAUCUGUCUCAAAACCUACCAUUGUAACACUUCUGUUUAUUUAAAAACUUUGUUUUAAAUUCUUGAUCCAAAUGUUAUUUAUUGAUAUAGUUUAGAUUAAACCCUAACACAUGCUUAUAUCUAUUGGAAAAAUGAUAUACCACAUUUAUAUUCAUACAUUUAUUUAUUUUAUACCAAUAAUUUUCACUGAUUUUUACUGGGUUUUUUUACAACUUGUUAUAAAUUUGAAAGCCAAAUAAUUAUGUAAAUUUGAUUUAAAUUAUUGUAAUCUAAACAUUCAUGAUUCAACCAUAAUAUGAAUUUAAUGCUAAAUAAUGAUGUAAUAUAAGCUAUUUCUCUAUAAUUAAUAUCUGACAUUCGUAUUCUCUAGCCACUCUUUACAAUAUUUCUAAGUGCCAAAUCAUUCAUCAUAAUGCCUUGUUGCUCAAACUCUUUUAACCAUAAUUAUGUCCCUUACACCAUUCCUCAGGGUAUGAGGUCCUAUCUUACUACUUGUAACAUGUGUACUGUAUAUAUGGAUGUCUACUGUUAUUUUGUGUACAAGAACAAGUUGUCUGUUGACUUAAACUGUCUUGACUCUGUACAGCGUUGUUUGCAGACCUCGUCUGUUUGCGACUAUGAGUCUAAGUCAGAACCUGUGAUAUGAUAAUAAUUUUUAACUAAUGCUUGAUAAAUAAUAAAAUUAUAUGUGAUUUUUAUUAAUUAAUAAAUUAAUUUGGGAAA